CACCGGCGCACGGACGCACAUGCACUCCUCCCCGAAAGUCGCCCACAUUUUCCCACCGGACCGCAACCUGCCCCGGCCCGGCGCUGAGGCCUGAGUGCGUCGCGACGCACACCGACUUCCCCGAGGGCUCGCGCUCCGUCGCCAGCGUGCGCCCGGUGAGAAAUCUCGCCGGGCCCGGCGAGGGGAUCCCAGUGGGGCACUAGAGCCACCGAGUCGGGGCGCUGUGUAAAUCUACGAGGCACGAGACCCUCGCAGCGGGGUUCGGCCUGAUUCCGAAGGUACACACGGAGAAAUGGGAAUGUCAGUUUCUCUCCCCCGGCUGCUCGCCGACCCCCGCUGGAUACGAGGGGGACGACCAAGGGGGAAGAGCCCCAGGAGUGGGGCCGAGGCUAUAUAGUCUUGGGGUAGGUCACCGAUGAAACGAGUCAUCCGAGGAGAAGGCGCGCCACACGCUCGCCGUCCGAGUGCGCGACGCAAGGACGAAGUCACGCCGAGUGUGUCCUAAACAGUCCCGCGGGCCCAUGCGGGGGAGAAAGAAGCGCGGACGCUGCCAAGUGUGUGCGCGAAUUCUCCCUCAGCGUUGCUUCACACACGACGGAGGACACCAUGAAGUCGGCUGCGUUCACCGUCGUCGUCCUCGUCGUCGGUAUGCUGUCGACGACCGGAACAAGCCAGACCUCGUCCUGGGGCCUUGAGAACGUACGCUCCUUCGAGCAGUGCGAAGUCACUUUCAACGAGAUCGAAAAGGAGGACCGCGCCACCAUCGUCAACGACAGCAGCUCUAGAUUACACGCCACUUGGUUGUCUCAAGAAUGCGAAGUUCGCGCCGGCCCGGAGUACAUAAUUAGGAAAUACACGUUCUUCGAGAACGGCACGUUUUUACUGUUGCGUUAUCAUUACGACGACAUGUCGUGCAGUAUGCCGACGCACACUGUCAGUAUUCGAGGUUCCAUCAAAUUACUGGGACCAUCCAGCGUCGUUUCCGGCGCGACCGAGACGAAGUUUUACAUCAACGCCGUUCACAUUAUACCUUUAAAUCGACAGGUCGCUCACAAAUUCGAACAAAAGAUGAAUACGACCUGCGGUCCUCAGCCGAGAUGGCGACCCUACGUAUCCCGCUUGAUUUAUGAACAACUGCGACAGCAUUCAGCGACGCAACCGUGGCACAGUCCGGUUUACAAUUCCCUGCAAACUUAUUCACUUUCGAAGAAACGUCUCGGUAUGGAUUGCUUGGACACGUUCAAGAUAGGAUUUGGCGAGCUGAAGUUGCUGAGGGUGCAGAAGAGGUUGUUCCUGUCGAAGACGUUCGGCGGCCUUUCCUACCACGGCCGUCGUCUCGAACUUCUCCUAGCUAGUCCUGCGCCCAAUGUGUCCUCCCGCAGGACUUACAAAGCGACCUCGUUACAGCCCACGUUGCUGGUCCACACCAACACGACGGGCGACUGUCCAAUAUGCGGCAGCAUAUCUCGGGCGACCGAGUUGAGCCCACCUCUCCUUCACGUGAUGGUGCCGCUGCCCGCGCUGAUCGGCGGCUACUGGCUGAGCGAGAGAUGCGAGAGCUCCGAGGGUGGCAUCUGGUUCAGGCGGCAACUCCAGGUAUACUCGGGGGACAAACUGUGGACCGGCCAAUGGGAGUACUACGAGGAUCCGCUGUGCUCGAUGUUCUUGUACGCCAUCACCGCGGCCGGAAGUUACAUACAGCGGCCCGGAAGAGAACGUCGUCAUGAGCAGCUCGACGGAGAGACGUUCGCUUCCGGUUACUUCCAGCCCGUCGACGUCUCCGCGAGGCUCUUCUUCAAGAGGAGCGCGCGCGAUGUCUCCAGCAGCUCCCAGAGCGGUCCCAACCAACGUGAUACCGCGGAUGAAGGUUUCUCAUCGAAAACCGAGGAGGAAUCGUCCACGCGUGCGGACACAGAGACUCUAAGAACGAAGGACAAGAAGGCAAAGAGGCCGAAGAAGCUGAAGAGAUGGUUGACAGACAACGUCUAUCAGUUCUUGCUCGACGUGCAGCCUUCCCCGGCUGAGUCGAGGUUCAAGGCGAUGCUGCGAGGCCACCAGACACACGAGACCACCAGCAAGAAGCCCGUGGCCUGGAACGUGCCGUCCGGAAGCACGGAACUGGACCUGCACAUCGCCGAGAGCAGCCUCAUCCCUGGCGACGCGACGGUGGCCAACCGCUGCGACGCCUACCGAGCGAACAUGCCGCUCACCAGCUGGCCGAGGAACUGCGUUCCCCGAGUAAUCGAGGCGCCCUCGACCCUGGGGCUGCGCGCCAAGAUGGGCGUUAACUGGAACGGCCAGUAUAUCUUGCUGCUGGGCUUGAGGGACGACAAUGUGUGGGACGCUCCUCUGCGACAAUGCGCGCAGAUCCCGACGCAUAAUCCCACGCUGAGGACACAUCUCAGGCGAAGCGUCGGCCUCCGCUUCGGGUUACUCUCCGCUGCUGCGUCGGCCAGCCACGUGUCCGUCGUUUGGCUUCUCGUGUCGCAACUCCUCCUCUUGUAUCGUUUUCUUUAUCGCAUGCGGUGAUGAUAACGGGCCUCGCCGAAAAAUUCUGAAAUAUGAGUACUAUUUCUAUAUUUGCCGAGGCUAUUUUUGCGUCUUAUGUGUCUUAUACACGCGUAGGGUCCCAUGGGGCGUAAUAAAAGUCUGUACAUGUGUAAAUAGAGCCGGAGUCGGCGAUUGCGGCGUAAUCGCGAUUCGCAGCCGAUCCCAUCUUAAAGAUAGGACUUGGGAAGCGACGUUAUGCGCGACUUGCGUGAUCGUUAUUCACAAAUUACCUCUUCUUCUCUCGCGACGACUUGGUAGCUCUUGGUUCCCGUCUCUGAUGACGACGGUGAUGCGAUAGCAUCUCUCGAGCAAGAAUGAUGAAUGUAAUCGUUACUUCGUACAGGUAGAGUGUAUAUAAAAAUGGCUCGUCCAAGCUUGCUGCAUGGCAUUAUAAAAGAUGUAACGGAUAACUUCUUCAAUGCGUUGCUCUUAAAAAGUAACUUUCCCAUCCUUGCCCCUUCGACGUAUGUUUAAAGCAACAUGUCGAUACGUUCGCAAAGAUAUAACUUGAACAAAUUGCCAGCGGGGGAAAGUGCCCGGUGAUUGUAUUGUUAGUUCAACGUAUAGCAUUUUGCUGUGUAUUAAAACUGUAUAUAUACUCGUGUCUUUAGGUUUAACAAUAAUUUAAGUCUCCGCUUUACGAUUGAAUUUGCGAUUGAUGUGUGCGACACGCAGAACGGCUGACGAAAUUCCAAUUAAUAAUUCCUGACGAUUAAACGGCAGAAUUAUCAACGGCAGUUUUCAGCUAUAUUAUUCGUUGUCCGAAAGAGUUAAUAAAUCAAGGUACAUUGACAAAACGGAACAAAUAAUGUUAGACUCU